ACAUCCUGAAAAAAUAUUUUUGAGUUCGGUCGAUUUGGAGAUUUUUUCGCGUGGCAGUGUCGGUAUUAUGACAACUGUUCGCGAGCGGUAUAUAAUCGUGGACGCGGCAGUAUCGGGCAUCAAUCCGCGAAGAAAUCUCGUCGAAGAUGAAGAUCCCAGCGAUAAUCGCAACGACCCUCCUCCUCUGGGGUUUCGCCGACGCCAGCGGGCGGCUUCUCCUCGGCAGUUCGGCCGCGGACGCGUCCGCAUCCGCUUCCGCCUCGGCCGACGCAUCGUCGGGUGGCUGGAGCUCCGGUGCCGGUUCCAAAUCGGCCGCGUCUGCGUCCGCGUCCGCCAGGGCCAGUAGCAGCAACAUCCUCAGCCGCGUGGGAGCUUCGAGCGCGGCUUCGACGUUGGUGGCGUCCGCCGCGGUGGAGACCAGGGCAGCUCUGCGUGCCGGCAAGGCGACCGCCGAGGGACAGCAGGAGGCAUUAGAACUGCUCACCGAGUCCGCCGCGAAGAACGCCAAGGCGCGUGCCCUGGCCGACGACGCUGCCGUGCUGGUCCAGGGCGCCGCCGAAGCGCAGUCGGUCGCCACCGCGAAGACGGUCGCGGUCGAGCAAGCGGCCGCCUCCCUAGGUGCAGCAGCGAUCGAAGCGGAGGCCGCUGCCGCCACAUCCAAGAUAUCGGCCGGCCAGGCACUCCAGGCCGCCCAGACCGCCGACGCCGCUCUCAGAACCUCCGCCGGUAGCGCCCUGACGGCUCUCAGAUUGGCGCGCAUCCAGGGAGCGGCUUCCGAGGCUGCCGCCGUGCAGGCACGAAAGGCGUCAGCCUUAAAUCAGGAGGCCAACGCUGCCGCUCAACGAGCCAUGGCAGCUGAAAGCGCGGCUGCCGCAGCAGCGGCCACUGCUGCUGCCAAACAAUCCGAAGCAAGGGACGCCAACGCCGUGGCCAAGGCAGCGAUAGCCGCGCUUAUCACCGCCCAGAGGAACUUCGUACAGGCCAAGAACAGGGCGGCCGAAGCCAGCGUGGUGGCUGAAGAGGACACGCAGUCUAGAACGGCCGACGCCAAGGUGAACGCCAUCGCUCAAGCGGCCUCCAAGGCCAGCAUCCGCAAGCAGGAGCUCAUUGAGAUCGGCGCGGGAUACGGCAAGGCCAGCGGGGAGGUGAUCGUGACCGGUACACACUCCAGCGGAGGCAAGGGUGCCAUCGUUACCGCCGACGCUCAGAGCAGCGCAUCCGCCAUCGGCGUUAACAAGGGACAUCGUCUCAGAUGGGGACACAACUGGGGUCUCGGACACGGCAGCUCGCGAGCGUCAGCGGCCGCCGAUGCGGAAAGCUCCGCCGACGCCGGCGCUCUCUAUUUGUAACGCAAACAGCGAGCGAAAUGACGCGACGCGCUUUCCUCAGUCAUUCUUAUCUAGCGGAGGAUAAUACGAGUCUUGAUCUACUACGAAUUGUCCUAGAUUAAAACACGAUUAUACAUCGGCAGGAAUUGAAAAAAAAAUUAACAAAAAAAAGCAGCGAUUUAAAAUCCGAGAAUGUAAUAAUAAAGAUACAUUGUUAUAGCAGAGAGAUUCGAGAACUCUUUCUUUCAUUAAGCCCCACGCUUAUUGUCCCAACACACCUAUAUGUCAAAGCGAAAACUGAAAUCAGAAUAAUAUCGGAUAGAAUAAAUACAUAUUUCAAUGUUGUA